AUGAUAAGGAUUGUGGCUGCAUUGUUGCUGGUGACGGUGAGUUUGGUCGGGGCUCACCUCGAGGUUGAGUCUGAGAAGAUAAAUAUAAAGCCGCCACUUUCCAGGUAUUACAUUCAUUUCGUUAACGAUCUAAGCGUCCUUGGUAUGAUGGUGCACUGCCAGUCGAAGGACGAUGAUUUGGGAGUUUAUCAUUUGCUUAAUCGGGGAGAUAAUUACCAAUUUAACUUUAGGGUUAAUUUUUGGAGAACAACCCUCUUUUGGUGUGAUGUGGAUAGACCAGAUGCAAACGUCUCUUUUCAAUGCUUUUGGCCUGAGAAGAGGAGCACAUGGCUUCGUGAUAGAUGCCGAGAUGGAAAUGUAGGAACUUGUAUCUGGAAGUUUAAAGAUGAUGGAGUUUACUUAAGAAACAAUGCCGCUAAUACUGAUGAAUUGGUUCAUAAAUGGACCUUUACGAGAUAA